AUGACGCCAUUUACCUCCUCAGCCGCUCGGGCAGCUUCACGCAUCCCUUCGAACGCUGCGGGUGCCCGUCUUACCCAAAUGCGCAGCCAUUUCAGUACCACCUCUGCUGCCCGAAAAGAAAUACAAGAUGCAUAUAUCAUCUCUGCCUCGCGAACCCCCACUGCCAAGUUCAAUGGCUCCUUCAUGAGUCUCUCUGCCCCCCAGCUCGGUGCUGUGGCCAUAAAAUCUGCCGUCGAGAAGUCCAAAGUCCCCAUCUCAAAGAUCACCGAUGUCUACAUGGGUAACGUCCUGUCAGCUGGUGUUGGACAAGCGCCUGCUCGACAAGCCUUGAUCUUUGCUGGCCUGCCGAAUACCAUCGAGGCCGUGACUAUCAACAAAGUCUGUGCAUCCGGCUUGAAGGCAGUCACCACGGCUGCUCAAAAUAUUCAGCUUGGUCUUGCAGAAGCACAAGUUGCUGGUGGCAUGGAAAGUAUGUCGCGCGUUCCCUACUUCAUCCAUCGUGCCGCCCAGCAACCCCCUUUCGGUCAUAUCCAGCUGAAAGACGGCCUGAUCGAGGACGGUCUCUGGGAUGUCUAUAACCAGUUCCACAUGGGCAAUUGCGCAGAGCACACGGCAAAGAAGUACGAAAUUUCCAGGGAAGCGCAAGAUGGUUAUGCCAUUCAGAGUUUUGAGCGCGCGCAAAAGGCUUGGGCAGAGAAGAAAUUCGCUGAUGAAAUUGUUCCUGUUACCGUAAAGGGCAAAAAAGGUGACACAGUCAUCGCAGAAGAUGAGGGAUACCAGAAUCUGAAGAAAGAAAAGGUCGCGAGCUUGAAACCUGCAUUCGUCCGUGAUGGCACAGGUACAGUCACGGCUGCAAACUCGUCAACAUUCAACGAUGGAGCCAGUGCUGUGGUCGUUGUGAACAAGGCUCUUGCUCAACAAUAUGGCAAGGGUAGCCGUGUCCUCGCUCGUAUUGUUAGCUCUGCCGAUGCCGCAAUCGACCCCGUUGAUUUCCCUACUGCACCAGCAAAGGCUGUGCCCAUUGCUCUCGAACGAGCAGGGAUCAAGAAGGAAGAUGUCGCCGUGUGGGAGUUCAACGAGGCAUUCGCCGCCGUGAUCAAAGCCAAUGAAAAGAUCCUUGGCCUCGAGAAUGCGAAUGUCAACCCUCUUGGCGGCGCGAUUUCCCUUGGACAUGCGCUCGGAAGCUCUGGUUCUCGCAUCCUCACCACGCUUCUGCAUCAGCUCAAGCCAGGAGAGUACGGUGUCGCAGCUAUCUGCAACGGGGGCGGCGCAGCUACUGCCGUUGUCGUGCAGAGAAUCGAGAGCGUGGAGUAG